AGGUAUCGUCUCAUUCGAUCAGACUUCUAUUCAAGGGUUAACAUUUUACACGAUUAUAAGUCUCCGCAAAUUGUCACUCUGCUCGUCUCGUCGACGCUGGUCGCUGCAAUCGAACAGAAACCUUUGUUCUUCGCGGCUGUUUCCUGCUGCUCGUCGAAAUCAGCCAUGUUGAAACGAGCAUGUUGGAUGUCAUAUACACAUGGAAGUGAGAAGACCAAACUCUGUUUGAAGGCCAUUACAAGACAUUUUCACAGCGGUCAGCCUCAUUCUGCAGCAAGAAGCUUUUUUGGAGUAGAGGACUUUCUCGACGAUGAUAACAGUCGACCAUACACUUACCAGAAGGAAAAGAAGUCCAAGAAUCCGAACAAACACAUAUCAUUCAAACAACGAACAAUAGCUUACAUGGAGCCAUUUACGCUAGAUGUUUUCAUCUCAAAACGGUUUGUUUCAGCCUCCCUUACUCACAGGGUGACGAGCAAGCAAGUUGCGGUUGCUGGCACCAACUCAAAGGAUAUCAAGGCAGCACUUAAAUCUCGAUCGGACAUUCCCGCUUGUUUGGCGAUCGGGAAGAUAUUGUCUGAACGGGCCAGAGAAGCCGAUGUAUACACAGCUUCAUAUACACCCAGAGAACGGGAUAAAUUCGAAGGUAAGAUUAGAGCUGUUGUUCAAUCCCUUAUUGAUAACGGUAUCGAUGUUAAAAUUUAUCUCGAUUGACCCCGGAUCUAUUGUCGCAACAUUGUGUAAUGCGAUUUUAACAAGUAUAAGUAGGAAUUUUGGUUUGAAAAUUAACUAAUUUGUUUGAUUGAAGGACAUCAUAUCGGUUAUUAGAUGCAGCAUUCUCUAA